ACACCAAAACAAACCCUAAACUGUCCUCCAGUUGCCAUGUGGUUUAUUUGUAGUUCAUGAUGGAUCUUCCGUGCGUCCAGUGGCAGGAUCAUGUUGCCCAGAAAUGGACUGGGCUCGACUCCGAGCUACAGGACAAGUUUACAUCCCUGCUUGAAGUCGAUGAUGUUUUCAAAUGUGCCCUAUCUCUGACAACCCAAGAUGACCUGGACUUGCUGCAGUCCAUCUCUGCAGGAUACUCUGUACACAAGGACACAGAGCAAGCAGCCAAAUGCAGGGAGAAGGGCAACUCUAGCUUUAAGACCAGAGACUACACUGCAGCUGCUUUGCACUAUUCACAGGGCAUGUGUUUUGCUCCUCUAAGUUCAGAGCAGCUGUCUCUGUGUUAUGCCAACCGCUCUGCUGCGCUCUACCAUUUGCAGCACUACCAGGAAUCCCUUGAUGACAUUGACAAAGCUCUAAAGAGUGGCUAUCCCUCUCAUCUUUUGCAUAAACUAGAGGACCGUCGCACACAGUGCCUCAAGCACCUCUCUGUAGGUCAAAAUGCAAAAGAGGAUCAUCACAGUCCUGCCUCAAAGAAAUGUAAAGACCCAGAUGAAGUAAAAAGGGCAUCUGUGGAACCUCUCACAUUUGGGAUUUGUCCUCAAGCUGCUGUUGGCUUCAGCCCGGAGAAAGGGCGACACCUUGUGGCUGCAGAGAGGAUAGCAGCUGGGGAGGUGAUCCUUCAUGAAAGGCCAUACAGCUGUGUGCUUAUACCAGGGAUGGAGGAGGUCAAAGGGAAGGGAGGAAGGCAGGAUGUAGAAAAGGGAGUGUUGCUUGGAGUGGAGCACAGGCGCUGUCACAGGUGUUUGACUGAAACACUGUGCCCUGUGCCAUGUGAGAGGUGUAGCUACAGCCAAUACUGUUCAACUUCCUGUCAGCGAGACGCCUGGGAGGAACAUCACCGCUGGGAGUGUCCACUGGCAGCAGAUCUGAUGGUGAUGGGUGUGAUGUCACAGCUCGCCCUGAGGGUAGCGCUAAAGGCGGGUUUAAAAAACAUCCAAAUGGCCAGGGAUCCAAACAGAGACGAGCACAUGCAGCCAGAGCUGAGCUGUCUCAACAGAGAGUCCAGUGAUUCCCGUCCACGUCAUUCAAAUCAGCCCGUUCCUUUUGCUUCAUACCACGGUGACUCUUACUCGAGCGUGUUUCACUUACAGCACCACCUGAAUCGCCAUAGCCUCAGUGUGCGUUUCCUGUGUGCGGUUACCAUAGCAACUCUCUACCAAAAGCUCAGCAAGGCAGGACCUUCACCUGCAUCUUUGGACCUUAGUAGACCCUUAAGGGCAAACAGCCAAUCACCAGAUGAGGAGGGAGGUACAGCAGGUUGGAGCUCGGAGCUGUGGCUGCUGGGAAGUGCAGUUCUGAGGCACUUAAUGCAGCUGAGGUGUAACGCCCAGGCAAUCACCAUGCUGCAAGAUACAGGAGCAGCAAACACACCAGUGCAGUCCAGUAGGGAAAUCCGCAUUGCUACAGCAAUAUUUCCAACUCUCAGUCUUCUGAAUCACUCCUGCUGUCCCAACACCAGUUUGGUGUUCAGAACUGGAGCUGGCGCUGAUCCUCCUGGUUCAGAUCCGUCUGCAGACUUGAAUGAGAGUGUAGCUAAGAGCAGACAUACAGCCUGUGGAGUCACUGUGACUGUCCGAGCAGCCAAAGUUAUCACUCCUGGACAAGAGAUCCUGCACUGCUAUGGUCCUCACAGCAGUAGAAUGGCCACCCAACAACGCCAGCGUGUCCUGCAGGAGCAGUACUAUUUCAUGUGUCAGUGUGAAGCCUGCACUGUUCAGCAGCUGCAGGAUGAGGAGGCGGAGGAGGGUUCAGAGGGCAGACAGCAGUGGUCGGGUGUUGGAGGCAGUCCACACUCUGGACUUCUGUGUUCCAAGUGCAAAGGAUCUCUUAAAAAAAGCAGCGAGAACAGAGGAAAAGAAUUCAUAUGUUCAUCCUGUGGCUGUCGCAUGCCUUUAUCUGAAGUGAGCCACAAGCUGCAGGAGAUCAGGGUCAACCUGGAGAAGGCUGUGGACUUCAUGGAAAGAGAGAGGCCAGAUGAGGCUCUCAGACUGUUGAGAAGGACCCAGAGUCAGUCUGAACUGAUCCUUGCAGAAACACACCCUCUACAAGGGGAGCUGGCAGAUGCCACAGCUAGAGCAUAUGCUACGAUGGGUGACUGGAACAAUGCAGCCUCCUGUUUGGAGAAAAGUGCUGCAGCUAUCAGCUCCCAGUACGGAGAAGACAGCAUCGAAUUGGGUCGACAACUCUUCAAAUUAUCUCAGCUGCACUUCAAUGGUGGUGCCAGAGGCCCGGCCCUCUCUGUCAUCCCCAAGGUCAGACAGCUCCUCUGCCUUCACUGUGGCCCUCACUGUUAUGAAUUACAGGAGCUGCAAGCUAUGGAGGACUGUCUACGAGGAUAGUCGUACACACGAGAGCGAAAAUCUUAACAAUAUAAUUACAGUUUUGUAAUUAAAGUGAUUAAAAACUGAAAGUUUUUGAUUGUA